CUGCCUAACCCAACCAACACACUAGCACACCCAACCAGACACUCAGAUCUCCAUCGUCCUUCCUUCCUCCCUCCUUUCCCCACCAACCCAACUCGCCUCUCUAUUUAACAGUCCCAAUUUUAGUUGAACAGACUCAGGAAUAUUUCUGGGUAACCUGAAAGUUCCUUCCUUUUCUUCUCUAAUCCCCUCAUUAGUCAUUACAUUCAACAACAUCUUUUCCCCCGUUCAGUUUCUUCUUGCCCCUGCUCCAAUCCCAAUUUUUUUUACAAAAAGAAUGGAGCUUUGCAACGAGAAGAACGGCCCAGUGGUUGUUGGGGCCGAUCCAUUGAACUGGGGAAUGGCUGCCGACUCGCUGAAAGGCAGCCACGUGGACGAGGUGAAGCGCAUGGUUGCAGAGUCCAGAUCCCCUGUUGUCCAGCUUGGCGGCCAGACCCUCACCGUUGCCCAAGUCGUCGCCAUUGCCUCCGGCGCCGGCGCCACCGCCGUGGAGCUGUCGGAGGAGGCCCGGCCGAGGGUGAAGGCCAGCAGCGAUUGGGUCAUGGAGAGUAUGGAAAAGGGGACGGACAGUUAUGGUGUCACCACUGGGUUUGGAGCUACUUCGCAUCGGAGGACCAAACAGGGCGGCGCACUUCAGAGGGAGCUCAUUAGGUUCUUGAAUGCUGGGAUCUUCGGCAAUGGCACGGAGUCUGCCCACACGCUGCCUUACACCGCAACCAGGGCAGCCAUGUUGGUCAGGAUCAACACUUUGCUCCAGGGCUACUCGGGGAUCAGGUUCGAGAUCUUGGAAGCAAUUUCCAAGCUGCUCAACCACAAUGUCACCCCGUGUUUGCCCCUCAGAGGCACCAUUACCGCCUCCGGUGACCUGGUGCCUUUGUCGUAUAUCGCAGGGCUGUUGACUGGCCGCCCUAAUUCCAAGGCGGUGGGGCCCAAGGGCGAGUCCCUUGACGCUGCUGGAGCGUUCAAGGUUGCUGGGAUCUCUGGUGGGUUCUUUGAGUUGCAGCCCAAGGAAGGUCUAGCUAUGGUGAAUGGGACAGCAGUCGGUUCUGGACUUGCCUCCAUGGUGCUUUUUGAUGCCAACGUUCAGGCUGUUCUUGCUGAAGUUCUGUCGGCGGUGUUUGCCGAAGUUAUGCAAGGGAAGCCAGAGUUUACAGAUCACUUGACACACAAGUUAAAGCAUCACCCGGGCCAGAUUGAAGCUGCAGCAAUCAUGGAACAUAUAUUGGAUGGGAGUGAUUACGUUAAAGCUGCUAAGGAGUUGCAUGAGAUUGAUCCGUUGCAGAAGCCCAAGCAAGAUAGGUAUGCUUUGAGAACUUCACCUCAAUGGCUUGGCCCACUGAUUGAAGUGAUUAGGUCGUCAACCAAAAUGAUCGAGAGGGAAAUCAACUCUGUGAAUGACAACCCGCUGAUCGAUGUCUCGAGGGGGAAGGCAAUCCACGGAGGUAACUUCCAGGGCACCCCCAUUGGUGUCUCGAUGGACAACACUCGUCUAGCCGUUGCUUCUAUUGGUAAGCUCAUGUUUGCUCAAUUCUCCGAGCUUGUCAAUGACUUCUACAACAAUGGGCUGCCUUCGAACCUCACCGGUGGCCGAAACCCUAGCUUGGACUAUGGUUUCAAAGGUGCUGAGAUCGCCAUGGCAUCCUACUGCUCGGAGCUCCAGUUCCUUGCUAAUCCGGUCACAAACCAUGUCCAGAGUGCGGAACAACAUAACCAAGAUGUGAACUCGCUGGGGUUGAUAUCAGCAAGGAAGACAGCUGAAGCAGUUGAGAUAUUGAAGCUCAUGUCCACCACUUACUUGGUUGCUCUUUGUCAAGCCAUUGACUUGAGGCACAUCGAGGAGAACCUGAAGCACACAGUGAAGAACACGGUGAGCCAAGUUGCCAAGAGAGUGCUAACCACUGGGGUGAAUGGAGAGCUCCACCCGUCCAGAUUCUGUGAGAAGGACCUGCUCAAAGUCGCAGACAGAGAGUAUGUGUUCGCCUAUGCUGACGAUCCUUGCAGUGCAAACUACCCAUUGCUGCAGAAACUGAGGCAGGUGCUAGUCGAUCAUGCAUUGUUGAAUGGGGAGAUGGAGAAAGACUCCAACACUUCGAUCUUCCACAAGAUUGGACAGUUCGAGGAGGAGCUGAAGGCCAUCCUGCCUAAAGAAGUGGAGAAUGCAAGGGCCGAGCUGGAGAAUGGGAACCCCGCGAUCGCAAACAGAAUAAAGGAGUGCAGAUCGUACCCAUUGUACAAGUUUGUGAGGGAAGAAAUGGGUACCAGUCUGCUUACCGGCGAGAAGGUCCAAUCCCCAGGUGAGGUCUUCGACAAGGUCUUCUCAGCAAUGUGUGAAGGGAAGCUGAUUGACCCUAUGCUGGAGUGCCUUGAGGAGUGGAAUGGCGCUCCUCUCCCUAUCAGCUAGGUAGGCUAUAUGAAUGAAUAUCAAGUAUACAUAACUGUGCCAAGACGACUGGCAUCUUCUUCUUCUUCUUCAAGUGGUUAUUUUUUUUCCUGCAUACAUCAUCAGAUCUCAUGUAAAAGUGAACUGUCAUUUUCCUUCUCUUCUUUUUAGCCCAUUAAUGUGUAUGUUGUAUCUUGUCUGAUUUAUCGAGAAUCCUUUUCUUGUCUACUGGUUUCAACCCAAAUGGAUGGAAAACCAAUCCAGACAGAAAAUGAAAGGAGUCUUACCUGAAUAUGGGUGUUUUCAAAGUAGACAGACUUACUAUAAAGCAGUUUUACUUUAUGGUCCAUAACCUGCCAGU